CUCUUAAGUUCAGCCAGUACUGAGGGAUGCGGCUCUCUUGGCUGAAACAUAAGUCGAAGAGGUGAAAAUAUAUUUUUGAUUGGGUGUUUCCUUUCAUUCUAGCAACUGGGAACAGCGUUUCUCUUGACAGGGUGAGCAGGGUCCACCUUGGUGCUGUCAGUUUCCUCAACUUUUACUCUGUGGUUGGAUCCCACCGGUGCGCAACUCCAGACUCAACUCGAGGUAGUUUGAUCCUCCCGUUGGGUACCGACGAGGAGGAUGGAGACGAGCCCCAUCCCGGUGGUGACGGUCCAAACCGCCCCCUUCGACGACCAGCGGCCCGGUACCAACGGGCUGCGGAGGAAGACGGCGGUGUUCGAGGGGAAGAAGAACUACUUGCAGAACUACAUCCAGAGCUUGCUGUCCUCCAUCGACCUGCGGGACCGGCAGGGCUGCACCAUGGUGGUGGGCAGCGACGGCCGCUACUUCAGCCGAGCUGCCAUCGAGGUGAUUGUGCAGAUGGCAGCUGCCAACGGGAUUGGUCGACUGGUAAUCGGCCACAACGGCCUCCUGUCCACCCCUGCCGUUUCCUGCAUCAUCAGGAAGAUCAAGGCCAUUGGCGGGAUUAUCCUCACUGCCAGUCACAACCCCGGAGGCCCCGGUGGAGACUUUGGAAUCAAGUUCAACGUGGCAAAUGGAGGCCCAUCUACAGACACGGUGAUGGAGCGGAUCCACCAGGUGAGCAGAACUCUUGAGGAGUACGCCAUCUGCCCCGAUCUCCGCAUUGACCUGUCCAGGAUGGGAAGACAAGAGUUUGACCUUGAGAACAAGUUCAAACCUUUCAGAGUGGAGAUUGUAGAUUCAGUUGAAGUAUAUCUGCAGCUGCUGCGAAACAUCUUUGACUUCACCGCCAUUAAGAGCCUUCUCACAGGACCAGAUCAGCUAAAGAUACACAUAGACGCCAUGAAUGGAGUGAUGGGCCCCUAUGUACGUCGGAUCCUGUGUGAUGAGCUGGGAGCCCCGGCUAACUCUGCUGUCAACUGCGUCCCUCUGGAGGACUUUGGCGGUCGACCUCCUGAGCCCAACCUGACUUACGCCACCUCUCUGGUAGAGGCCAUGAAAGGAGGCGACUUUGGCUUUGGAGCUGCGUUUGAUGCAGAUGGGGACCGCUACAUGAUCCUUGGAGAAAACGGCUUCUUUGUGAACCCAGCGGACUCUGUUGCCAUCAUGGCCGCUAACCUCUCCGCCAUCCCCUACUUCAGACAGCAUGGCGUCAAAGGCUUUGCCCGAAGUAUGGCCACCAGCGCCGCCCUUGACAGGGUAGCCAAAGCCAUGAAGCUGGCCCUGUAUGAGACUCCCACGGGCUGGAGGUACUUUGGGAACCUGAUGGAUUCUGGGCGUUGUUCCCUCUGCGGGGAGGAGAGCUUUGGGACAGGUUCUGAUCACAUUCGUGAGAAAGACGGUUUGUGGUCGGUGUUGAUGUGGUUGUCCAUCAUGGCGGCCAGGAAACAAAGCGUGGAGCAGAUCAUCCGAGAGCACUGGGCCAAGUUUGGACGCAACUACUUCUGCAGGUUUGACUAUGAGGGCCUCGACCCACGUGCAGCUUUUUACCUGAUGAGGGAUCUGGAGGCAGUAAUCUCAGACAAAGCCUUCACCAACCAGAAGUUCGCUGUAGGAGACCACAUGUACAGCGUGGAGCGGGCCGACAACUUCGAGUACAUCGACCCCGUGGAUGGAUCAGUGACUCGAAACCAGGGUUUAAGGAUCGUCUUCAACGACGCGUCCCGCCUGGUGUUUCGGAUGAGCGGCAGCGGCGGAGGGAUGGGCGCCAUCGUUCGCAUUUAUGCCGAGAGCUUCGAGAGAGACCCUGAGAGACACAGCAGAGAGACGCAGGUGGUGCUGGGUCCUCUCAUCGCCAUCGCCCUGAAGAUCUCCGGCAUCCACGAGAGGACGGGACGCCGCGGCCCCAACGUCAUCACAUGAGCAAACGGGGAGAACACGCAAUACUACGCACUCACAAACAUGCAUCUACCUGCUCACGUAAAGAGAAAAAUAACAGUUUUUCCUCUACUUCUCUGCCAUUUUUUAAAAUCCAGUCUCUGUAGCUUCAUUUUUUUUCCUCUAAAAGAUGCUCGAGUUUGUCUCUCAAAAGCAAUUUGAUUCUCUCUGUUGUUUACUGACCACUAUCUUCUGUUGUAUUCAGCGCCUAAACCAGGGAGGCUAUUUAAUUAAUGCAAAAAACAUGUAAACAGACUAUGAAUGUGUGCAGCCUGAGCGAGGGAGCUUCAGAGCGGCGUCACCAUGCUGUUCUGACUUUUCACAUUAACUGUCCUCUCAUAUAUAUGUCACAUUAACGUCUCUUCCAUUUCACGCAGAAGCGAUCAUUUUGUCAAAUUAAAAGCACGCGUUGCGUCAGAAUUAAUGUAACAUAUUGAAAAAUAUGAUUUAAAAAGGAGCACAUGUUGGCCUGUGAAGAAAAUGGGAAGCAGUCAAACGUUUUUUUAAAGGACGCAGCAUUCAAAAUGUAAAAAUAACCGAGCUGCCCUGGCAAGGCGAGGAAUUAAGAAGAGAAAUAUAUUCUAAAAAUGAUUUUACUUUUGGGGCUUUUUGUCUUUUAAUUUGUCAGUUGGGAAUGAUGUGUAACCAUGUUUGAAUAUAUUAUUUCUCCUUCUUUUUUUCUUUUUUUUUAAAACUCCAAAUAAACAUUUUUUUUGUGUGUA